AUGUCGUCUCCAUACCAAUUUACGCCCCGCGUACCUGCUGCUCCCCAUCCAACACCCCAUUCAGUCUCGGCGUACACUUCACAAUUUCAGGGUUCAACGCGACCUCCAAUCCACAAUCCCUAUGAUAAGUUCACUCAACCGGAAUUCGAUGCGUGGAUUGGUGGAAUUACAGGCGCACUACGAAAGGCUCUUGGUCAGGUAGAUGAGGAACCUCCAAAAAAUGCAGCUCCGCAGGAGGACGGUAGCCUCAGUUAUCCUGACAUCACCGCGGAUUUCAGUCUGGACGAUUAUCCUGCCGAGGAUUCUUUUGCAGAAAUUAAAGCCAGGCGCGUUGUUCGAAAAGGUAAAGAACGCGACCCAAGGGAGGGCCCUGGUCUAGGGGUAGGCAAUCGCGAUCAACCUAUUGAAUUAGGCUCUAGCUCAGAGGAGGAGGAAGAGGAGGAGUGGGAAGAGGAAGAGGAAGGGGUCGACGAUGAAGAUGGCGAUGACGAAAAUGAAUUAUCACACAUUUUUGACGAAGCGGCAUCUUCGGAUAAUGAAGAUUAUUGGAAACAAGGGCAAGCCUCAACGCAUGUAAACCCCAGGGUAAAAUCUGAGCGGUACGUCGUGGAUGAGGAAGAGGACGAUGACGUCGGCGAUGACGAGGGAGAGGAAGAAGGUGGAGAUGAACUCUUGUCAAGUUGCAACGAGUCCGGUGACGAAGCUGAGAAGCGUACGGAGGCGCAGCUUGGGGCGGAAGAAGUGAUUGAGCUCAUUCCUGGCGAUGAACUAAUUGACUAUGAACAUGCCGGGGCUAUCAAGUAUUUUGAAGAGGACGAAGAGGGGGGACCAGAACAAGGAGAGGCGGAAUUCGACGAUUCUGAAAGAGAGUAUUCUGAUAACGAAGGUCAUGAUACGGGCACCCCUCAUCCUCUCGCUCAUCCCUCCUACGUCCUCAAAUCCGUUCAAGCAGAUGCUGAGGCUGGCGUUGAACAGAUUGAAGUCGAGCCUGAAACGGACCAACCAGUGGAGGAUAACAUACAGCCAUUGGAAUCCGACACCUCGUUUCCACCCCACGACACAGAACAAGAUGAGUUGCCUGUCGAACUUCCUGAUCCUUGGGAAGGACCGCAAACCUAUGCCGAGGACUUUUACGCUGGUGGCGACGCGCGUGUGGCGCAUGCGCAUCACCCGAACCCUCAUUUCUUGGAAGAACCUGAUGUUGAUGAAAUUCACGAAGAGGAUGUUAUUCAACCAGCAGACAAGGAUACAUCCUUCCCGUCACACUCUGCUUCUGACCCUGAAGUUUUCCUGGCGAUUGAGAUACCCAAUCCUUGGGAAGGUCCUGAAACGUAUGCAGAGGAUUAUUAUGCUGGCGGCGACCUCAGCCUUGUUCCUGGUCCAAGUGUGGACCCUAAUUAUCUGGGGGAGGAAGACGAAGACUCGAAUCAAUUCAUCAUGACCACCGACAAUGGCGAAACAACAGGUACCGCAAUCUUGAAAGACGGGGAUCGGAUGGUGGAAGGAACGAACCAGGUGGGCCACGACAUUGCUGGCGAACCACUUGUCCGAACGACGAGUUCCAUGUCUCCAUUGGAGGAAUCGAAACCUGUGGAAGUAGUUAUUGUCGAAUUGGAUCAGGGAUCUGCACCUGCGAUUGAAACUUCCAUGCAAGAGGCGAAACCGUGCGAUAUUCAGGGAGAACUCGAAUCCGACAAUCUUGUUCCCUCAACCCCCCCUACGGACAGAUUAGAAAUGGAAAUUGGAGCUAGCCCCGGAGGAGAGAUGGAUAUUGAUUCUAUCAAUCAUGUGGGUACUGAUUUAGAAACAGCUAGCGAGGAGGCGACCGCAGCUCAUGAAGGAAAAAAAACAGCGGCGGCCUCGGAUCUACCCUCGCCUGUUUUAGCUGUCGCCCCACCCUCGGAGGAUAAGAUAGUCUCAACACAAUUCAUUGAUACAGAAGAAAAUCUGCAGACCUUUGCCGUCUCAAAGUCAGUCGAGACCGUUGAGCAGACGCCUGAUACAGCGCCUCACGAAACUGUCACGGAAGUUUUUUCCGAAGUAGAUGCUCACUAUGAUGGGGAAGAUGUCGCUGUUAGUGGUGAGGACGAGAACGUGGAGGAUUUUGAAAAUGUCCUGUUUUCAGAGAAAGAACUUGACAUAGAAGCACGCCCAAAGGAGGAUGAAGAGAUUGUAAUGAAAGAGGAGACUACUUCUGUUGUGCAUGAACGGGAUGAGACUGUGACUGAUAUUUGCAUAGCUCUUGGCGAAUCAGGCCACGGCGACGAAGUGAUGGAAGAAUCUGAUCAGCUUCCAGCCUUAUCUUCCGAGACGCCUCGACCUACCGAUCUACCGGGCAUUUCGCGUGAACCACCAGAGAUUUUACCGUCUCAAGACCAAGAUCAAGGUCCCAGCCUGGAUGAAAGUGACCCUUUUGACAAAUUCUCCGCAAGUGUUGAGGUAGAAACCCAACAAAUUACUAUCACCGGGUAUACGGUUAUUGAAGAUGAAGGAAGCGUUACAAGCGAGGACGCGGAGGGAGAGCCUGAUUGGGACGUUGAUAUUCUGUCAGUCAGCACUGAUUUUCGACAGGAAAACGACGAACCCCCUGAUCAGGUGGUCGAUGCAAAAGAAAAUCUGAAUGACUUGCAUGCGAAAUCUCCAGUAUCUGAAGCAGAAGAGCCAUCUAUUUCGUUGGAAACCGAAGUUCCUUCUUUUCCUGAUGCACAUCAGGUUGAGGCCUUCAAGGAAAAUGACACUCUCGAGUCUGCCACCGUGAAGGACACCACUAUCAUCGAUGCCACGGACUCUGCUGCACCUUCAAGUAAAGAACUGACCUUACCGGCUGCAUCCUCAGGCUUCGCGACAUCCUCUGAGCCUGACUCCAUGGCACCUACGUCUAUCGUGCCCAAACCUAACCACGAGCAACCUGCUUACCCAUCAGAAUCACCGUCAUCCCCAGGCGUUCGUCAAGGAGUAACAGACUUCGUUGGCAAUGAACAGCCAACGUUGGGACCUGAAUCUACUCGGCCGAAUGACAGGGAUAUCUUACAAACAGGGGCAACAUCCGUCUCAGAUUCAAGUAUACUCACGACACCGUCCGCUUCAACGGAGCCGAUCAUAACUCGCAAGCCUCCGGCAUUGUUUUUAUGCAAUGAUCCCUAUCCUUACAGCCUGUCAACCCCAGGCAUUCCCAGCUUCAUUGAGGCACCAAAGGAGGAAGCUCCUGAAGAAGAGGACACUGAGCAAGACAACUCGAUGUCGUCAAAUUCAACCUUUGACAAAAUUUUGGACGAUAUCUAUCUCAACCACAUUCCCGACCAUACUGGUGAUGUCGAUGACUCUGAACUGCAGUAUCCAACAGAACCAGGACUUUGGAGCGAAGCCGCACCAGAGUCUCCAUUGUCUUUCCUUCCCACAACAGAACUGCCACCCUCGACAAGGAGAUCGGAUGCAGACAGCGGCCAUGCUCCAGAUUUCGACAGAAAUUCGAUAACAACGUCUCAGGCAAGCGUCAUAGAUCGUGCUGCAGACGAGGAUCCGUUCAAGUCAAUGGGAACCGAUCAUAUUUCUGCACAAGGGGAAGUCAAACAUGGAGAAUUUAGUCUGGCUGAAGUAGCAUCGUCGUCCCCCACCGUCACGUCAAUUCCGGCAAACGGAGGUCCAAAGAACGGCAUCACUUCCACCUCAAGCAUAGCUCCACAAACUGGCUCAUCUUCACAAGAGAUCGAACCACAGGCUUUGCGUGCUAAUCCCCUUGAUGUUGACGAUGUUUAUACUUCUGGCCACGGUCUCAAGAGAAAACGUAGCUCGUCUCCGAAGCCUUCUCGACUAACCCGCACUCUACAAUCCAAGUCCACAGACGUCAUCAAGUCGGUGAAGGAGAAGACAAAUGUGGUAGAUAGGGAAACAGACGAGGAAACGAUUCGUGUAAAUCCCAGGCCCAAGGGGAAAGGAAAGGGCAGCAACGCUACCAAAAAGCAAACUCGUAACACAUCUCUGAAUUCAACAACAAGUUGGUCAAGUUCGGGGGUCAGCUCAGCGGCUAGAUUCUUCCAGCCUGACAAUCAAACUAAUUCCCCUGCUUCAUCCGUUGUUUCUUCUGCGGCCAGCGACACAAUGUCCAUGACAUUCCACCCGUCACCUACUAUUUGCAAGCCAGGUGCCGUAGCUACUCGGCCUUCCAUCCCCCCUAACCCUCUUUUUCAUGCCCAUGGUCAAAAGCGUAAGGAGACCUUGCAGCUGCUGUCCGCGAAAGCAAAGCAACAGCAACCACAGCAUCAGACACUUAUAGGACCCUCGUUCUCUUCACUCUCUCAAAUCGACGAACGACUGCCCAGUACAUCAACUAGUUUCUCGGCGACCGGCACAAAUUUACAAGCCUUGCCCGCCAUCCCGCCUCCCCCGCCUCCGACUUCAGUCCAUGUAAAGUCCUCAAAUUCGCCAGUGACACGAUCCCACUGUCGAUAUCAUAAAAUCAGCGUCCCAAAGGAAGAAGGUGGUCCUCGUGUUUGUUUCCUGGUUCCUGGGUGCUCCCUCAAUGAUAAGGAACUGAUGGAGGACGAGGAGAUCGAAGAUCAUGGGGACGCUACACACGAUGACAGCUUACGGAUGGUCAAAGAUGUUGAAACUUUAGAUUUUGACGCCUACUUAAUUGGGACACUCAGGCAGUUGGUAGGAUUGGACAUUCUCCGCGAGCAAGAAGUCUUCUAUCUCCCAAGUCCAGGUGAAGAAGUUACCCGCAAGGUUCUUCUUCGGCGAAGUGGCUCAGAGAGGAUGAGUCUAGCCAGAAACACUAGUAGUCACGACUACUCCAGCUUCGCAGGAUCCCCCGGAUACUCAAUUCGCUCGCCAGCGUCGACCAGGGCACCCGCGUCUGUUGCUGGAUCAUCUACUUCAUUUUCAGCUCGGAGGAAAGCGAUCGACUCAGACAAAGACUCAACCAAUACUGCCCACCUCAGUGACCAUGACAGCCUUGAAGAUUACAUGACCGAUAUGGAGUUCCCUGAAACAGAACGACCGCGGCCAUCGCCCUCUGAUAAGGGCGAAGGUGGGUCAAUGGGACCUCCAGGCCCCAAGUCUCUCAAAAGUCGCCAAAGUAAGCGUUUUCUUAUGGACACACCCUAUCAGCCUACGGCCGAAGAUGAGGCUGAUACCUCCAAUGAUGAUUCCAAAGCACGUCGCAAAUCUCAGGUAAAAAAGCGAGGCGUAAAGCGAACUCGCACAAAUGAGGGCACUGAUGCUGAAAAUUUCUCUCGUAAAGCCAAAAAACAGAGAUCUCGUUCAAAAAAGAUCGCAGUGGAUACUCGAACCGACUCUCAAUCAUCUUUUCCCCAACCACCCAUUCUUCAGCAACCCUCUCCUCUUACGCCCUCGAUCGAGACAGACGGACAUUCAAUGGAGAAAAAUAGGCUGCCAGACCCAACACAUAAUGUGGUUUGA